GAGUACAGCUUAUUGAGAAUGGCAGGAAUUAUUAUAAUUAUUAUGAUGCCUCUGGUCACCGUUGCAAUUGCAGCUCAAGCAAGGUACAACAGUCCAGCGAAACCACUGUUCAGCGACAAAGCCACCAACUAUGACGAUCCCUACCUGGGCGAUUACUACAGCGACGCAGAAUAUCCAGCACUUCCAAGCGAGCUGAACCUGUACAACGCGAAGCCUCCCGGGGGAUUGCUGCGGAAACCCGUCAAACGUCCCGCAUUUAGAGCGAGUGACUUCCGCCCAAUUACGACCACCACGGAGAAGCCGAAAAUCUACGACGCAAGUCGUAAGUUGAUCGAGCCAACGGAUUCUACGCACCAGUUUCAAAUGUUUGGGAAGGUUGAGGGUUGUAGGAGGGUUGGGCAGGAUAGGUUGGACCAUUCGGGGACGGAAUCUUCGAUUAAGAAUAGAUAUUCGAAAGCUACUGGAGUCACGAUUGAAAUUAUGGAGCCGGUAUACGUUGAUGGAGGGUUUGGGUAUGAAACUGUUGGUGAUGUGCCUAAAAGCGUAACUUAUCAGACAAACAGCAGUGCAAAAACAUAUUUGCAGCUCGUUUGGUAUGGUUGUUAGACUUCAGUAGAGUAUAUUUCAACCUAGAAAUACGUGCUACAAUACAUCACUUCUGUCUAGUUGUUGGCAUCGAUGGUAAUUUAUGUCAUGCAAUUAAUCAUUGCUACGAGCUAAUUGUGUGAAAAUUCCUAUAAAUACUGUAUUACAUUUUACAAAAUGGAAGUAUUUUUGAAAAAUGAAAAAAUCUACGCUUCUAGUUUCUGUUGUACUUUUUUAUUCAGUGAAAAUCUCAGUUGAUGCCAAGAUCAAAACAUACAAAGGAUAUAAAGCUCCACAGUUCAGCGAUGCCCAAUCAAAUGACGAUGAAACAGAAGAGUCAAAAUACUACGUGGAUAACGAAUUCCCAAUGCUACCGGGAGAACUAGAUCUGUACGACCCGCAAGCUCCCGGUGGAUUGCUUUCCCAAAGUAGGCCACGUCAACCACCACCAUCGUCAUCUCAAACACGAAAACCUUCGGCAAAGCCUACUAAGCCAUCAAUGAAGCCUUCAAGAAAACCAAAACCAACAGGAAGUGGUCGUAAACCCGACAAAGCAUGCGAUCCUAGUAAGCCACGUCGAUGCACGGUGAAAAUCGUCAAAACGGAAAACGUCAAAAUCGCUGCACCUCGGGUGACGGAUCAAGGCGUUUUCCCGACUGACGCUAAGCGUUCCAAAGGAACCUUCUACGAUGCCGAUGGGAAGAAGCUUGAUCCAGUUAGUGCAAACAGUCGAUUCUACGUUUUUGGGAAAGUCAACAGGAAACGGGUUAUGAAGGAGGAAGAGGUGGAUCACUUGGAGGGUGAUUCGUAUGCAUUCAAUCAUGAUGCUAAAGUUAGUGGUGUUACGGUGGAAAUUUCCGUAACUUUGUACACGGAAUCGUCACUUCAGUUUGACGUUUAUUCGAAUGGAACCAAAAAAUUAACGUUCCGAACUGGCAAGGAUGACAUAACUUCAUUGGAGCUCAAGUGGUAUGGUUAAGUUUCGUUUUGUUAUAUUGAAAAAUAUUGGAAAAUGUUUAAAAAAUAAAAUGUCCAGAAUCGCAUUCGCAUUCGCAUGGAGAUGGUGAUCUUAGCGGGUUGCAGACUGGAUUUCGUCAUGUAUGUGUGAUGAUUGUCUAGCUCAGGUUGCAUAGAAAUUGAUUAAAGGGAAUUAAAACCAAUUCUACCCGAACAGGACAGGCAGCACCAUGAAAGCCAUCCAUUGCCGGCCGCUCCCAUCUCCACCAUACACCGGGACAGGAAUAAGGAUUAGGAGCACGGGAAGUGUUGAUGCUAAACUUACUUAGAAAAAGGUAGCGAAACCGCAGGCUCUUUUUCCCAACCCUAUUGUGGAACUCGAUCAAACUGACCGCUUGACCAAAUUUGAUCGAAUUUAAACAACAAGGCUGCGUAAGCAUCGCGUGGAGUUGGUAGUUGUACAAGGUUAAGGUCUGGGAGUCGCCCUAAGCAAGCGAUACGACCGUUGGCAUAAGUGAGGUUAAAGGUUGGUUAAUUUUAUUCUCAAGGCAGACUAUCGGAAGCUGCUGUCGAGACUGUUCCCGUUUAAAUUUAAUAAAAAUUAGUAUUUUAACAGGAUUGAAAAAUUUAUUCUCAAGGCAAACAAUCGGAUGCUGCUGUUGAGACACUUUUUUAUUUAGUUUUUGUUAUGUUUGAAUAUUUUAUCCCGGCGCGGAUCAUUGUUUAAGAUUCAAUAUUAGACAGCCGGCUGUGGAAAUAAUGAACCCGAUAGGUAAAUUCAACUCUGUUGUCUUAAACAUACAAACAAUUCUAUCGAGCUACUAACCUAGAAACACUUGUAGAAAAACGUUAUUUUGAUUACAAACGACUAAUGAAGAAAUAUCUGAACAGCAGUUAAUUUAAAUCUAAUCCUGAACUCAUCAAAACAUAAAACCGCGUGCUUUUUUUCUGCUUUUCGAUUCAUUAAUACUUCAAAGCCAACAACAAUCAACACGCGCGCGCGUCUCUAAACCAGUUGCAACAGAAAUAAAACUCUUUAUCUAAAAACCUGGCAACCCUGUCCUGCUCCCAGACGCCAAAGUGUUUGCUCAACAUGGAGCGAACUCACCGGAAAUAUUUACAGCAUACACACCAACACACCGACGUUGUCGGUCCGACAGCCUCUACACGCUGCCAGAGACGGAUGAUGAAU